GAAAUGGAAUCUAUAAAUCAACAUUCAAUACAGCCAGAAUCAUCUAACAGUACUUCCAAUGUUGACGACAAAAUUUCUUCCAGUAAAAAUACCACAUUGGAAGAAGAUGAUGAUGAAUCUAUGGCCUGCGCAAUCUGCUCAGAAAAUUGGACUGGUCAAGGUUCACAUUGUCUUGCAUCUCUUGAAUGUGGACAUUUAUUUGGACAAAGCUGUAUUUUUCAAUGGAUAGUUUCACAGAGAUUGAGACGUGGAGAUGGAAAAAGCACAUGUCCUAUCUGCAUGAACCCUUUCCGAAAGUCUUCUGUGCGAGUUAUUCGCCCAACUCGCAUCGCAGUACACGACGAGACAGAUAUCCUUGAGCUUAAACGAGAAUUACAAGCUGCUCAGCAAAAAAGCUUUGAGCUUGCCAGAGAUUUAGAAAAAUCUGUAUUAGCUAUCAAUAUGUGCAAGAGAGAAUUCACAAAAAGAAAUAUAUCUCACACAAUUCUUGACGGCAAAAUACACAAGCCCACAUGUUAUCUUAUUGUUUUUAACACAAAUAGCACCACCUAUGACACAGAUACUGUAGAAGAAACCCUGAAUUACCCUACAAACGAGACUACGCCCGUAAAACUGGAUACUACACUUGAUACAGUGCCAGAUGUCCAAAAUGUUAUACCAGCUGAACCUUUGGACAAUGAGUUAGAUACUGAGUCUGUGACAGAAUCUGAAGUUUCGGUAGUUAUAUCUGAUGAUUUGGAAAUCAUUGACUUGGACGAAUCAUCGGUCAUAGUGGUAGACGAUUAUUCAACUUUCGAAGCAGACGAGCACGAUGGACUUGGAUCACAUUUAAGCGAUGGUCUAGAAUAUAGAAGCUUGGAAGAAUAUUCAAAUAUAAUCUUAACUGGGCCUGAAGAGGUAGUAAGAUCAUACAGGCCUAUUUGUACUCUCAGGUUACCACAAGAGAUCCAGUCAGCACGAACAAUGGCACUCAUGCCCUGCGCUUCAUUGGCAGUAGUGGGAAUGAAGCAUAAUAUGCAUGGACAUGGAAUACAAAAGGUCAAUUUAGCAGACGGUUCUUUAACAGAAUUCAUUCCCAACCACACCAAUAGCAUACGUGAUAUAAAAUGUUCUUCUUAUGGGCGCGCAUUUAUCCUCUCAACUGGCCUCGAUAAAACUCUUGUGUUGAGUUCAAUAUAUGAUAAUACUGUAGUGGAAAGAUUCCAACUAGAAGCUCCUGGAUGGUCAUGUAAUUUUGACGAUUCCAGAUUCAAUAUAAUUUAUUGUGGAUUAUCGAAUGGUGUAAUCGUAGUUUAUGACAUUCUCAAUCCACAACAGCUUCUUUAUCGCCUAAGACAGGAUCAGAACAUUGGCCCUAUACAUUCAUUAUAUACUGUAUCGAUCGAGAAUCAAUACAGGAUAAUGUGUAGUAGUGUAUCAGGCUCAGUCGGAUGGUCUAUCGAUAAAGCGAAUGAACAACCCCCAGUUUGCAGACCUUUGAUAGAUACAGAUAUAAUUCGAGGAUAUCGCCCAUAUUCUUUAUUUUAUCAACCUUAUGGGGGCAUUUGUCUUCUUUCAUCACGAAACCGACAUGAAACAUAUCACAUUGUUGGUACAAUAACUAAUGAAUUAGAAAUAGAACCACAAUGGAGUUUCAUUAGUACUUUCCCACAACACAAUAUGGCGCGAACAACUAUUAUUUCAGAAGGCCACCGGUGGCCAAUAGUAGCUUUUGCAAACGAAACAAAUAAACAGAUAGUUUUGCGUAACCGCGAAGGACUAGUUCAAGUGCUGGAACCUUGGAGUCCUGUUAUGGAUAUUAAACACUGUUUAUUCCGAGGAAAUCCGCUUCUGGCUGCAUUGACACUAGACACCUUCGAAUUGUACAGUUAUUAUUAAUUAAUAGAAAAUAUUCGUGUUCGAUGUUUUAAAUCCCAAACUAAUUUAUACACAGACUAUUUUCUCGCUCUCUCU